AUGAGCCUACAGUUUGCAAAAAGAAAUUGGUUUGGGGAAAAAGAACGAACGGUGCAGAUAAAACAAAAGCAUAAGAGCUCCAAUAAAAGAUCUUCCAAAGCUCUCGAAUCUCAAACAAACCAAAUCCAAUCACAAAUUCAAAAUAAUCUCUCUUCUCCAGCGUCCGAUCUCUGCAUAAAAUCAACCCAAUCAGAUCUCUCGCCUUCUUCGCGCGCCAAAUACAAAUCUCCUACCUCCCUCCAAUUUUGUCUCUCUUCAGGGUUUUCAUCGGCUGUCAUGGCGGAUGGUCCGGGGAGUCCCGCCGGUGGGAGUCACGAAAGCGGCGGUGAACAGAGUCCUCAGUCGAACUCGAACAUCAGGGAGCAGGACAGGUUCCUCCCGAUCGCUAACAUAAGCCGGAUUAUGAAAAAGGCAUUGCCUGCUAACGGGAAGAUAGCUAAAGACGCUAAAGACACUGUUCAGGAAUGCGUUUCUGAGUUCAUCAGUUUCGUUACUAGCGAGGCCAGUGAUAAGUGUCAAAAAGAGAAGAGGAAGACGAUUAAUGGUGAUUGAUUUACUCUGGGCAAUGGCUACACUAGGUUUUGAAGAUUACAUUGAUCCCCUCAAGGCUUAUCUGUCUAGAUACAGAGAGGUAAAACAUUUUAUAAUUGUCAUGUAGUUAAAGAUUACCUUCAUGUUCUUACUAUCAUUUCAAUCGAAGUUGAAUGCUCAUAUAAUUUCAGCUCGCCUUUCGUCCUUCAAAUUGUACUAAGAACAAGAAUGAGGCUAUGUUAGAUCUUUCUCAUUACAAUAUAGUGUUUACACUUUACAUUGCUCAUUUAGGGUGUAUUAUUGUCAAACACAUUGUUACUUUCGAUAAAGAUUUUGGUGUUUCAAGAUGAGUUUACAUUCAUACGACAUCAUAUUUAUUUACAUCAACAACCGAGCCGUUAUACUUUAAAUAUUGUCCCCGAUAAUCUUUCCAAAAGAGUUAAUUGUCAUAAAUUAUGUGAUUUGAGGCAUUUAAAAUCAAAUUUGCAAUGAAUAUAUUCAAUCAUCAAGCUGCGAUCAUUAUGUUGAAGAUAAGAUAUUGUUCAUAUUCUUGGUACUACAAAUGAAUGCUUUUUUUUUUUUGUAUUUAUUUCUGUUGUUAUCAGCUAUUAAGUUGAUUUUCUGACAUGAUUUUUUCUCUUUUCUCUUGGAUGCUUACGUGGAAUACUUAUCUAUAUGCAGUUAGAGGGUGAUACAAAGGGUUCUGCAAGGGGUGAUGGAUCAAGCAAGAAAGAUACAGUUGGGACUCAGCUUGUUCCAAAUUCACAGUACUCUCAUCAAGGAUCCUUUUCGCAAGGCAUGAAUUUUUUGAAUUCACAUGUUUGAACUUUCAAGUUCACUUGUGUAUUUGGAACAAGUGUGGUACUUUGAAGAUUCUUGUUUACUGAUUCAAUAGUUUGCUAGUAAGUGGUCAGUAAACAGAGAUUGGUGCCUUUAAUAUUAUUAUAUAGGCUUUUAUAUUAGUCUUAUAUAUAUUUUAAAAAAAUGUAUUGUUUAUCCCCUGUUGUUUUUAUUGGGAUGAGAUUUAGUGCUAUUAUGUUGAAGUUUGUAAGCUGUGUAUGUUGAUUGAUGUAUUAACUGUUUAUUGAUGUUGAAUUAUGUAUGCUUCUUUUUUUAAACAUGUAAA